AACAAUGUAGUGAAUAAUGGUUGUUUUAUAGAAGUUGAAGAGGUGUUAAAUGAAGUUUAUGAAUGUUUACAAAAACUUGAUUUAUCUUCUAUAAAAUCAGAUGAUCCAAUAGCAUCUGGAAUUUUAGAUAUUUGUGAAGGAGUGGAUAAAGUGAUAGAUAAUUUAUCAAUAGUAAUAAUGCAAAUUCUUGCAGAUAUUAAAAUGGAUGAUCUAGAAUUCUCAGAGGACAUAAAUAAUAUGUUGAAUGAAUUUAUUAAUAUAUAUAAUUUAUUAGAACCUAACUUUGAUCCAGCUUUUGUUAAACCUAUCUCAUUUCCACAAAAUGAAAAAAAUUUAGAUAAGCGUAGAAUAUUAUUAACAAUAUUUGAUCUAUUAGAAGGAUUUUUAAGACCAUUGUUAGAUGAAAGUAAGUAUAGUGAAAAUUCUUAUGCAAUUCAUGUAGUCUCUAGAGUAAUAGAUCCGAUAUUUAAUUAUUAUAAAUGGAAUCUUAAACGUGCAUGGGAAAAAGUAUCUAAUUCAUCACAAAAUAGAAAAGAAUCAAUGCAUUCUAUUCAUUCAGGAGAUAGACCUGAUUUGCAAGUUCUUUUAAUGCUUGAUUCUGAUGAGUGUGAAUUAGUAUUUAUAGAGAUUUCACAAUUAGGUCCUCGUUCAAAUAAACAGAAUUACGAUUGGAAAAAAUUAAAUCGUUUAU